AUGUCCAAGGUUAUGCGAAGCAUCAAAAAUGUGACCCAUGGGUAUUCUAGCAUUCAAGCCAAGGUCCGCGAAGCGACCAGCAACGAUCCAUGGGGCCCGACCGGCACGCAGAUGAGCGAGAUUGCUCAGAUGACCUUCAACACCUCGACCGAGUUUUACGAGAUUAUGGACAUGCUCGAUAAGCGCCUCAACGACAAAGGAAAGAACUGGCGACACGUUCUUAAGGCCCUCAAGGUCCUUGACUACUGUCUACAUGAGGGCUCCGAACUCGUCGUCACCUGGGCCCGCCAGAGCCUUUACGUCAUCAAAACUCUACGCGAGUUCCAGUACAUCGAUGAAGACGGUCGCGAUGUCGGUCAAAAUGUCCGCGUCGCUGCCAAGGAACUUACUUCCUUGGUUCUCGACGAGGAACGUCUGCGCGCUGAGCGUACUGACCGAAAGUCUUGGAAGUCCCGCGUCACCGGUCUCGAGGAGCACAUGCCAGAACACAUGGGUAUUUCCUCGCAGCCCCAGCGACGGCCUCACCGACGCCCGCAGAACGACGAAGACGACGCCGAAUACAGACUUGCCCUCGAGGCCAGUAAGGCACAGGAGGAAGAGGAUCGCAAGAAGAGAGAAAGCAGACAAGGCGCCGCCGACGACCCUGAUUUAGAAAAGGCGCUCAAGCUGAGCAAGGAAGAGGAGGAACGACGACGCCGCGAUCUCGAAGACCAGAAUGCGAAUGCCCUUUUCGGCUUCGACGAGCCUUCGCAGCCUUCGCAACCUCAGCCCACCGGCCUAAACCAGGGCUACCAGCAGGGCAACCAAGUCAACUUCAUGGGUAACCCGAUUGAUCAGAAUCAGAUGCUGGGCCAGCCUACGGGAUACAUGCAGAACCCCUACCACACUGGCAUGAUGCCUAAUCAAACUGGCUUCCCUAACUAUAACAGUAACGGUUUUGGCAUGCAGCAGACUGGCAUGGGUAUGGAUCCAUAUGGCCACCAGCAACAGUCGAUGCCUUCAUUCCAGCAACCGCAGCCCACCGGCUAUAACCCCUACGCCCAACAGCAAAUGCAGCCUCAGCAGCAGCCAUCGGAGCCUUCGCCUCAGCCUGGCAGCAACAACCCAUGGGCCACCAACCAAUCUCAGCAAGCUCUGAGACCCAUGCAAACUGGCUCCAACAACCCCUUCGCCCAGUUUAACAAUCGCCCGCAAGCCUCGUCGCCCAUUUCGUCACUCUCGGCCCUGCCAGAGCAGAAGACGCUAUCUACUUUUGGCCAGCAGCAGCAACAAACCCCGCAAGCGCAGCCUCAGCAGUCGCAAAUGAGUUUCAACCAAUCUCAACUCGGCCUGAACAACCAGCCCAAAAAGGAGCUCAGCGAGCACGAGAGCAGACUGAACGCAUUGCUGGCGUCUGGUGACGGCAUGGACACGUACGGCAACACAGGCGAUCUCCGAAUUCCCUCGCAGCACACGGCGCCUGGUAUGUUUAUGAACAGCGCCGGCUCUGGUGCCGCCAGGCUGCAGCCCGAGGCCACGGGCAGCAACCCCUUUAUGCGACAGCAGUUUACGGGCAUGCCCAGCAUCAACUACGGAGGACAGAAUGGAACUUUUGGCCAGCAACCCAACAACAACCCUUUUGGUGUUCAGCAGCAGCCGCAAAGGCAGCAGCAGCAACCCGGCCAUGACCUAAUUCAGUUUUAA